AUUUCAUUUCAAGUGGGUUUGAAAUUUUGUCGAACUUCAUAUCAAAAAUCUGUUUUGUAAAGUUCUUCAUCUCCUGUCUUGUGUCUUCUGUCCCGACUUUGUCAAAUGAAAAGAAAACUUUUUUCAACAUCAAAAUCUCUAGUUCGAUAUCAUCUUUAUCAAUUCGUGAUCUUUCUCCACUAUAAAAGUAACUAUCCAUUUUUUGGGAGGUAUUCUUCUAACAUGCGGACAUUACCUAUACUUAUCCUUGCCAUUAUUGGCGUUGCCUACUGUUAUCCGGUUGAUCAGGAUUCUUUAAAUGCAGAAGUUGAAACUAAAACUGAUCUUGUCAAGAUGGGAAGUGAUUCCGAUUCUGAUUCCGAUUCACAGAGAGUGAAGAGAAGUGGACAGGGAUUGGAAAAAGCUGUUGAAAAAAUUAUUGAGAAAGUAGAAGAUAUCAAAAACAAGAUCCAGGAACACAGAGAAAAUCGGGGAAGACACGGACACCAUGGAAGACAUGGAAUGGGAAGACAUGGAGGACAUGGAAGACGAAACAAAAGUGGUUCUGAUUCGGAUUCGUCGGAUUCUUCAGAAGAUAAAAAGAAGAGAAAGCAGAUGAGGGAUAAGAAGAAGCAGGAGGAAGAAGAUAAGAAGAAGGAGGAGGAGGAGAAAGACAAAAAGAAGAAGGAUAAGAAGAAGGAAGAAGAUGAUGAGGAGGAAGAGCAAAAAGAUAAGAAAAAAAAAGACGAGAAGAAUGACGAUGAUGAUGAAGAAGACAAGAAGAAAGACAAGAAGAAAAAGAAGGAUGAUAAUGAUGAGGAGGAAAAAGAGAAAGAUAAGAAAAAGAAGGACAAGAAAAAGGACGAUGAUGACGAUGAAGAUGAAAAUGAUAAGAAAAAGGAUAAGAAAAAAAAGAAGGAUGACAAGGAUGAUGAUGAGAAUGAGGAUGACAAAAAGAAGGACAAAAAGAAAAAGAAGGAUGAUAAGGAAAAGGAUGAUGAUGAUGAGGAAGAGAAGGAUAAGAAAAAGAAAGACAAAAAGAAGAAUGACGACGACGAAGAAGAUAAAAAGAAGGACAAGAAAAAGAAAAAGGACGAUGAUGACGAUGAGGAUGAGGAUAAUAAGAAAAAGGAUAAGAAAAAGAAGAAGGAUGAUAAGGAUGAUGAAGAUGAGGAAAAGGAGAAGGACAAGAAGAAAAAGGAUAAGAAAAAAGAUGAUGACGAUGACGAUGAUGAAAAAGAGAAAAAAGAUAAAAAGAAGAAAGAUGAUAAGGAUGAUGAUGAGGAUGAAGACAAAGAUGAUAAGAAGAAAAAGAAGGAUGAUGUAGAUGAUGACAUGAAAAAAGACAAGAAAAAGAAGGAGGAUGACGAUAAAGAGGAUGAAGAUGACAAGAAAAAGGACAAAAAGAAGAACUAAUUAUAGACAUGAUGUUAUAGAAUUCGCCGAUUUCCAACCAAAGCUAAUAAAUUUGUAAAUACUACAG